AUGAAUGUUGUGCCUGAUUGGAUCGAGACUAAAGAAACUGGCCAGCCGGCGGCGCGGGGGCUCGAUCGAUCGAGCUCAUCACUCACUGGCAUUCGGAGAUGUGUUCAUGCCGUGCAAAUGGGGAGGUGGCUGGGGCUCAAUCGGAGGGUGGGGGAGGAGGAAGAGGAGGCGGAGAAGGAGUACCAGGUGGACGUGCUGCCCGACCGGCUGAAGUCGUCGCGGAGCAGCCGCGCUCCCCCGCCCCGCUCCCUCAGCCGCCUCGCCGACGACGGAGAGGGCGGGUUCCUCCGCAGCCACAUCGUCCACCCCAACAACGAGUGGUAUCGGAUAUGGACAAGGGGGCUGCCUUGGAACCUCUUCCUCUUGGACAUGGUUGGCCAGAUUGCCUUCCUUAUUGAUAUUGUUCUGAGGUUUCUUGUGGCCUACCGUGACUCAGACACAUUCUGCAUCAUAUACAAUCCGACCUCUAUCGCCAUCCGAUAUUGCAAAUCAAGCUUCAUCUUCGAUUUACUUGGUUGCUUCCCUUGGGAUGUUAUCUAUAAGGCUUGUGGACGUAAAGAAGAAGUACGAUACUUAUUGUGGAUUCGCAUGACAAGAACUCAGAAAGUUACACAGUUUUUUAGGGAUUUGGAAAAGGACAUUCGUGUUAAUUACCUGUUCACAAGAAUAGUGAAACUCAUAGUUGUGGAGCUCUAUUUUACACACACGGCAGCUUGCAUCUUCUAUUACCUGGCAACAACACUUCCUGAAUCAAUGGAAGGAUAUACAUGGAUAGGGAGUUUGCAGUUAGGAGACUAUAGCUAUUCUCAUUUCAGGGAUAUUGAUCUAACCACACGUUAUAUUACAUCAAUGUACUUUGCCAUCGUCACCAUGACAACUGUUGGCUAUGGUGACAUUCAUGCUGUAAAUCUAAGGGAAAUGAUAUUUGUCAUGAUAUAUGUUUCCUUUGGUAUGGUUCUUGGAGCUUAUCUCAUCGGUAACAUGACUGCAAUUGUUGUGAAAGGCUCGGCAACCGAGCGAUUCAGGGAUAAAAUGAAAGAAGCUAUCAUGUAUAUGAACAGACAUAAACUUGGAAAGGACAUCAGAGAACAGAUCAAGGGUCAUUUGAGGUUGCAGUAUGAAAGCAGCCGCACUGAAGCCUCUGUUCUUCGGGAUAUUCCAAUUUCUAUUCGUGCAAAGAUUUCACAAACACUGUACAUGCCAUAUAUUGAAAGGACACCACUGUUCAAAGGAUGUUCAGCAGAAUUCCUUCAACAGAUUGUUGCCAGGCUGCAAGAAGAGUUCUACUUACCAGAAGAAGUUGUUUUGGAGCAAGGAAGUGUAGUUGAUCAGUUAUACUUUGUCUGUCAGGGUGCACUAGAAGGAGUUGGCAUUGGCAAAGAUGGUCAAGAGGAGGCCAGUUUAAUGUUUGAGCAAGGGAACUCUUUUGGAGAAAUUGCUAUUCUUUGCAACGUUCCACAGCCCUACAAUAUUCGUGUUUGUGAACUUUGCAGGCUCUUACGGUUGGAUAAAGAGUCAUUGACAUACAUAUUGGGGAUUUAUUUCGCUGAUGGAAGAAAACUUUUGAGCAAUCUUACUGAGAGCAAUGAAUACGGCCUACGAGUCAAACAAAUAGGACCAGAUAUCAAAUUCCAUAUAGGGAAACAAGAGGAAGAGCUGACCUUAAGAGUGAACACAGCCGCUUUCCACGGUGAGCUUAAUCAGCUGACAGACUUAAUCCGAGCUGGAGUCGAUCCAAAGAACACUGAUUAUGAUGGGCGGUCUCCUUUGCAUCUUGCAGCUUCCAAAGGUUAUGAAGAAGUUGCGCAGUUCCUUAUCCAUGAGGGCGUUGAUAUCAACUGUACCGAUAAUUUUGGGAACACACCCUUACUAGAGGCAGUGAAGCGGGGGCAUGAUAGAGUGGCCUCAUUGCUCUUUUCCAAAGGAGCCAAGCUGAACCUCGAGAAUGCCGGUAUCCAUCUCUGCAUGGCUGUAUCAAAGAGAGAGACUGAUUUCAUUCGGGGGGCUCUAGCUUACGGUGCCGACCCAAACUCGAAAGACUACGACCACCGGCAUCCUCUCCACAUAGCCGCUUCAGAGGGCUUGUAUAUAAUGGCGAAGUUGUUGGUAGACGCUGGUGCAAGUGUGCUUGUAACAGACAGACGCGGUACUACUCCGCUGGACGAAGGGCGCAAGUCCGGGAAUAAAAUACAUCAACGACUGUGCUCCGUGUUCCCUUGCCAUCCGUUGAAUACUGAUGCCAAGCGAAAAGAGGGGGUGAUGCUGUGGAUUCCUCACACUAUGAAUGAACUCAUCAGGUCAGCCCAGGAGAAGCUGGGUUUGUCCGGCUCACGCCUGCGCUUGCUCUGUGAGGAUGGCGCAGCGGUUCAGGAAGUGGACAUGGUAAUUGAUGGGCAGAAGCUCUAUCUUGUUGGAGACGAGGACAUGAGAGGCUUGGAACAACAUCAUGCUAUUGCCAUGGAUGCAAAGCGUGGCACCGGCAGGCCGUGUAGCAAAGAGGAGGUCCAUCAGUUACAAUGGAGCGUCUGCUCAGACAUCCCGGUUUGCUACAGCACACUGCACACAGAUGGUAACUGUCUUGGUUAG